UCCGGAACAGUGGAGAAAGUUUUCACCAAAUUUCCCCUUUGUCCCGCGCCCGUUGAAAGUGAUCUCUACUCCAGGAAGAAGAGAAGAUAAUUCGUUAGCUUAGUUAGAAUCAGGGCACAGAGUCGGUGAACCGAAGGACACCCAAUCAGUAGGCGAGUCAGUGCGUUUGCAACGGUGUGCGCGCUGUGCCGUACUUGUGUAGUAGCCUGUGUGACUUGCAACGAUGAAGACACUGAUCCCGUUGGCCCUCCUGUGCCUGGCCCAGGCCGGGCCGAUCCUGAGUGCGCCCUUUAACCUGCGCGACAUGCUCGAGGAGGGGCUGGCGAUACCGGAGUCGAAGAUGAUCGACUUCGAGAACCUGACCGAGAGCGAGCGGGAGCAGUUCCUGCGCGAGAACGUUAACAUCACCGCGCUGAAGAUCCAGCAGCGGGUGCUGCGGGAACAGCAGAACAUGAACCGGACCGCCGGCCCGAUGGCCAUCACGGCGAGCACCACCGACCGGGACCUGUCCGAUCGCGUCAAGACGCGCAAAGAGUACGCCAAUCAAAUCAUCCACAACAUCAAGCAGAACAUCGAGAGUAACAUCAUGCGAAACGACUCCACCGGCCAGCUGGCGGCUACGCACGAGAUGGCCUUCUCGGCCGUCUGCGAGGUGCCGAAGAACACCAACACUAGCCAGUGGAACGAGGACUACACCUGGAACCUGUACUUCCGUUUGCCGCACAACAAGCAGUACAGCUCGGUUAAUUCGGCCGUCCUGAGACUGUACAUGAACGGGAUCAACUCGACCGGCACACGGAACCUGCGCGAAUCGGACAACUGCAAGAACCCGGCCGAGCAGAUGAUCCGCAUCACGACCUCGGUGUACUACCGGAAGAACCGCAAAGAUAAUCCAGCGCCCGAGCGCAAGAAGCGGAUCUGCAGCAGCAUCACGAUCACCCAGUCGUACCGGGGCUGGAUCUCGAUGGACACGCUGCUGGCGGUGAAACUGUGGGACAAACCGAACCGCAACUUUGGCAUCGCGAUCGACAUCGAGGAUCAGGAGGAUCGGCCACUGAAGGCGUCCGACUUCUUCCAACCGCCCGACUGCUCGGAGGCAAGUAAAGUCAACGCUACAACCGUACUUCCAUGGAGCUUUUUCCGAAAAUCACUCGCAUGGACCGCUAAUGAAAUGGACAAUGUGCCACACCAACCAAGAAUAGAUGUUGCCAUCCACAAAAAUAUGCAUUACAAUCAUCGCCUGUUCCGCUCGAAGCACCAUUACGGGUACAACGUGCGCUACCAUCUGUUCAACGGAUCCACCACCGGAAGCUACUCGGGCAACUCGUACGAGCACGAGCAGGACAUGGAAACGCGGGAACCCGGGUCGGCCGUCAGCCACCAGGCCCAUCAUCAGCAGCACGUGCACCACAAACAACUGCACCACCAUCUUCACCAGCUCCAGCAGCAACAGCAUCCGGUCGCGAUCAAGAUGUCGCACAAGAGGCGUCGCCAUCUGAACCAUCGCGCCAACACCAGCACUCAGGCGAUGGCCUCGGCAGAGAGCGACGAAAAUCUGUCGUCCUCGUCGUCGGCAGCCUUCGAUUCGGUCGCUUCCGCCUCGGCCGAAGACCGGCAACUAUGAUUCCGUUGCCCGGCAACCCUCCAGCUAGGCUAGGCGGCUACAGCAGCAACAGCAGCAUUAGUAGUAGUAGUAGUAGUAGCACUAGGCAGUAGGUCCUCGGGCAGGUUGUAGUUCGAUAAGCAUUAGCCGUAGUCGAACCGUUAGACGUUAGGAAACUGGCCGCGGUGUGUGUGCCUGCCGCCCGGCUGGGCGGUAGGCGGCCACCGGCCACCGGCACAAUGCGCUUUCUCCUUGAGUUCCUUUUUUGGUUCCUUGUCCGCGCGAGCGUUUGGUUCUCUAGAAAAUCCGGUAACUCAAUCGACACACUACUCUACAGAGUGCCUGUGCUUCGUAGUAUUGUACUUAAGUUGCUUCCCUGGAGAGGACUUCACUGGCUCGGACGCUAGGACACUAGGCCGUAGGAGUUAGGUUUAGAGCGCGUGAAGGUAACGAAACCAUCACACACACAGGUUACUUUAAGCUUUGAGCGUACGAAUACUUUUUGCUUGACCUGCGCCGUCAGGACGGCCACCCCCCGCGAAUGGAAUCCGAAUUCCUGCUGGGAUUCGAACGCACUCUGUACCACUUGGUGCGGUGAUUGAGCUUUACGCAAUUUCGGCCGACUGAUCGAUCCCGAUCCACCCCUCAGGUCUAACGAGCGUCUGGACGGUGGGCGACCAGCAGAAGCAAGCCGUGUAAAUAUUCAUUUCCCAUCUGCCAAGCUUUACUCUCUCUCUCUCUCUAUCUCUAUUUCCCUCAGAGCCACCGAGCAGCGGCUGGGUGGCUAGUAUUGGGUGGCAGCCUUCAUUCUAACAUCUAGAUGUAAUAUUUAUUGUACGAAUCUGCUUUUUCCACAUAAGUUUCCCUCCUUUAAGGACGCGGUGCACAUUUAGGACCCGCCAUUUGUAGCCAUUCUUUGGGCCCGUUAGUUCUUCGACGAAAUAUCCCCAAGCAGAAGCAGAGCUUUUGAGAAGUGCCGAGCGCCAGAUGGGCGAUCUCAAUCUCAUAGAUCGGAACGUCCACAAAGUUUUGUACAUAGCUAGAACGGAAGGCCAUUGUUCGCUUCUAUUGUUCCGAUGCGCAUCUGGCGGGCUGUAGCAGUAUAAUCGUUAGCAAUUAAUACUACCUGUACGGAUUACAAAUACUAUGUUAAACACUAAAUGGUGCGUACUGAUUUAUUGUGUCGAGAGCGAGCACGAAUGGCGGCGGUGCCCGGGAAGUCCCGGAAGCAGGAAUAAUGUGCUUCGCCUGU